AUGAAGAAUUCAUUGCUUUUUUUUCUGAUAUUUACAUGCUUAAAUUCUAUCAAUGUUGAUAUUUCUCUUUCUAAUUCGGAAGUAAAGUUACUUGCCACCACUUUUCUUUUCUAGAUAGGCAAAUAACAAAAAACUAUUCCUAUAAAAAAUGUAAUUUUUUAUGAUAUUUAGGAAAUAAAUUUCGGACUUGGAAAGCUAAUACUGAAUAAUAUUUAGAUACAAGAUUUAAUUUUUAAUGAAGACUUAAUUUAACUUACAUUUACUUAAACCCCUAAAUCCAUAACUACGUAUUUUUACAUAGAUUAUUUUACAAUAACCUUAAAUGCCAAUAUAGAAACAUUGCUUAAUUAUAAAUUUGAAACUCAAUUCAAUUUAGAAAUCAAGGGAUUAAAAUUCAAGGCCAUUUUAUUAUUAAUCAAUAAUUAAGUUUCUUUAUAAAAUGAAAAAUUGGAUGAUUUUUCUAUAAAAUCAAUUAAUUGCAAGUAAGGUGAAACUUAGCUUGAUAAAGUGGUCAAAGGGGCCAUCAAUUAUUUAUUAAAAUCCUUUGAUAGCAUAAUAAAUUAAUAAUGCACUAAAAAAAUAGCUUAAUUCUUUAAAGAAGAGUAAUGGAAGAAAAUGAUUCCUCGAUAAAUACCUGAAAUAAAUACAAUAGAUAUAAAAGAUUAGGAUUAUUUGAACAUAGUGUUUACUAUUUCUACAUCAGAACUAUUAGCUAAAAUAUAAAACUCAUAAUCUUGA